AGCAAAUUCAUCACGGCAAGAGCAAAUUCAUCACGGCAAGAGCAAAUUCAUCACGGCAAGAGCAAAUUCAUCACGGCAAAAGCAAAUUCAUCACGGCAAAAGCAAAUUCAUCAUGGCAAGAGCAAUUCAUCACGGCAAAAGCAAAUUCAUCACGGCAAAAGCAAAUUCAUCACGGCAAAAGCAAAUUCAUCACGGCAAGAGCAAAUUCAUCACGGCAAGAGCAAAUUCAUCACGGCAAAAGCAAAUUCAUCACGGCAAAAGCAAAUUCAUCAUGGCAAGAGCAAACUCAUCACGGCAAAAGCAAACUCAUCACGGCAAAAGCAAAUUCAUCACGGCAAAAGCAAAUUCAUCACGGCAAGAGCAAAUUCAUCACGGCAAGAGCACAAGAGCAUAAGAGCAAAUUCAUCACGGCAAAAGCAAAUUCAUCACGGCAAAAGCAAAUUCAUCCCGGCAAGAGCAAAUUCAUCACGGCAAGAGCAAAUUCAUCACGGCAAGAGCAAAUUCAUCACGGCAAGAGAAAAUUACCCACGGCAAGAGCAGAUUAUCCACGGCAAAAUAAAAACAAAUUACUG